UGACGUUCAUUUCAUAUUCGACCAUAGUAUUUUGAUCUAAAUGAGACGUAGGCUAUAUAGUCACGUCUCCGCCCUUGUAAAGAUCUCUCAUUUCGAGUCCGGCCUCUUUUUAGAGGAUUUCCUCGGUAAAAUGUUUUCGGGAACGGCAGGAGAGAUUCCAAUUGGAGCAAAGGCAACGAAGUGAAUGAAUAGCGGGAUACGUAUAGCCUACCGCCCAACCGGCGGAUAUAUAGUGCAUUGGGUUAAUAUUUGAGAUUUUUAAUGUAGAAAACUGAUGCCGAGCCAAGUACGCACGGAGAUCUAGUGUACUUUUCAUUUGUCGAAAUGGAAAGUGCGUGGGCUGUCGUUGACGAAGGCUUGGCUGUUGGAAGUGCGACUAAGUUUAAGAAGCCUAUCGGACUCUCUGUCGCCCAGGGGACGCCAGUUGAUGAUGGCGGUGGACAUUUGGAAGCCUCUCGUCUAGAUAUUAGAAAUGGGAACGACAUCUCUCAGGCUGCGGUGGGGUUUAGUGCUUCGGAUAAAAGUAAUGGAAACACGAAUGAACGGAGUUUACCCAGUAACUCCAACGCGCUCUUGUUGCGACGGAGGAGGCUGAAGAGGAACCUCUCGGCUGCAGCUGCAACCACUGCCACCUCAGCUGUCACUGCCGCCUGCGGCGCCAAGAUGAACUCGGCCCUCUCCUCUGCGUCUCUGCAUACUCGGAGUCUGGAUAGGAAGACGUUGCUGAGGCAUCGACAGAACAUGCAACUGCAGCCUUCAGAUAGAGAGUGGGUACGGGGGGAUCUUCACAGGGGAUCCAUACAUGUCCAUGACAAGCUCACAUCGCCAUCAUAUCCUAGGCCGGUGUUGUGCACGAUGGAUACGACGGCCGGGGAGAUUGCGCUCCGUAUGAGCAAACUCUGCAGUAAGUCGAGCUCUGUAUUGCGUAUAUUUUGCAAAGACAACAACCUAAAAACUGAUCAAAAUGGCAACUGUAAUGUUAAAUAUACGUAUGACACCCAGUGCAAACUAAAUACGGAUAUUACUGUCAAGUGCAACCAGUCGGAACCCCUAGAAUUCAGGAGCGGCCUAUCGGAUCAGCCAAGUGACAGGUUGAGGCUACUUCUCAUGGAGAACGGCGACGAGAGGCAAAAGCAACAGGAUUUAGAUGGAAAACUUUUUACUCCGGACUCAGAGUCGCAAGAUAAUAUAACUAACUCAUCUGACCUAAAUUCGAACUCCAACCUUAAUACGCAUAACGACGAUGAUUCAGAAACUAGGCUGAACGGAGUGGACAGUUACGGGCAUAAUUCUGGCUCGGACGUGGAGAGCAGCAGUGCAUUCGAUGACCUCAGCAGCUCAGGUGCCCGGCUCAGUGAGCACCGGGACUCCCUCAGUGACGACAUGAUCCUGGGCACCGACGCAUCCAUCCUGAGUCCUACUUUUGACAGCGCUACGGAGGGCCACGACACUUAUGGCAGCUCCUCAGAUGAACUGGAACUCGACUGUCCUACCACUAGUAUUGACCCUAUUCUCACUAAAGGCAAUACUGUUUCUGCCAACUACACGUUUAGGAACGGUGGGCAUUUAAACAAAGUGACAGAUGAUACAGGCUCAGGUAACGGACUCGAAUCCCUCUGUCUGGGCAGCUUGCCACCCAGCAGUAGCGGUUGCUCAUUGUCCCGUGCCUGUUCGACAGUAAUUAAUAUGCCGGACAUCCAAUUACCCGACAAUCUCCCAGGUGCUUUGAAAAAAGGGUCAGCUGCGGUCGAUCACAACAGAGACGCUGCAGAUGACACAAAUCCCACACUUUACGUUCAGUUCCACGGUGAAGCGGUCAGGAGGCUUGGUCAAGACGAAAGGCCGCUCCAGAUCCAACAUGACUUUCUCUUUAAACUGGGAUUUAAGGACCCAUGGCGUGUGCAGGAGGAAGGGAUGAAUACGGAGAUUGGGUCUCUGUUACGGUUCUAUGCAGGAAAGCCCCACAGCAUCGAGAGCUCUGAGCGUGUUCAGCUGUCGGGAAUGUAUAACGUCCGCAAAGGGAAACUCCAGCUACCUGUGAACCGCUGGACAAGACGCCAGGUCAUCUUAUGUGGCACCUGCCUCAUCGUCUCCUCCAUCAAAGACAGCCACACGGGCAAGAUGCACGUCCUGCCCCUCAUCGGAGGAAAGGUGGAGGAGGUGAAGAAACAUAGCCACUGCUUAGCGUUCAGCUCAGCAGGUCCCCAGAGCCAAACCUACUACGUCAGCUUUGACAGCUUCACGGAACACCUGCGCUGGCACCGACAUGCAGCCAAGAUGGUGUCCCAGAGGAUCAACUCGGUGGACCUGUCCUGCUGCAGUCUGGAGCAGCUGCCUCCUAACCUCUUCUAUAGCCAGGACCUCACCCACCUCAACCUGAAACACAACUUCCUCCCCACAGACCACCGGUUACACCAACUACAGAGGUUCUCUGGUCUUCGUAGCCUCAACCUGUCCAAUAACCAGCUGGGUCAGUUCCCUUUGGCCAUCUGUGAUAUCCUCACCCUGACAGAGGUCAACCUCAGCUGUAACUACCUGACCAACGUGGACCAAGCUGUGGGAUCCAUGACUAAUCUGCAGACAUUUCUUCUGGACGGUAACUGUCUGAGUGAGCUACCCAACGAGCUGGGCUCUCUCCAGAGACUGAGCUAUCUGGGCCUAUCUUUCAAUCAGUUUACCCACAUACCCCAGGCGCUGGAGCGGCUGGCCUCCAUGGAGAGGCUGUGUAUGGCUGGCAACAGCAUGGACCGGCUGGUGCUGCAGAGCUUCAGGUUGCUCCGGGUCAAACACGUUGACUUACGACUGAAUAAGAUCCGUGUGGUGGUUCCAGACGAGCCGGACCUCAUGAGACACGUGACCCAGCUAGACGUGCGUGAUAACGGACUGGAAGGGCUGGAUGCCUCCCUGUUUCCGUGCCUGGAGGUGCUCCACUGCGAGAGGAAUCGUAUCACCAGCCUCAAGGCCAAGGGCUCUGUGCUUAAAGCGGUCUACGCACAGAACAACGAGCUACAGGAGCUUAAUGUCAGUCCAGUGCCCUCCAACCUCACCUACCUAGACCUCUCCAGAAAUCAAAUGGAGGCCGUCCCAGAGUGGCUGUGUGACAUUAAAAAACUAGAAGUUCUGGACAUCAGCCAUAACCUCGUUACUGAGCUCCCAGCACGGUUGCUGUGUAGCAUCAGUCUGAGGAAGCUGAGUGCAGGACACAACCACAUACAGAAGCUCCCUGAGAGAGUAGAGCGCCCACUGCUUGAGGUGUUGGAUGUACAACACAACCAAUUAGCAGAGCUGCCCUACAACCUCUUCCUCAAAGCUGAUAGUUUGCGGUGCCUGAAUGCCUCUGCCAAUAAACUGGAGCACCUGCCUCCCUCCAGCCUGUCAGAGGAUAGUAAAAGCAUCCUACAGGAGCUGUACCUCACCAACAACCGGCUGACUGAUAAGUGUGUUCCUUUACUGACGGGACACACACACCUCCGAGUACUACACAUGGCUUACAACCACCUUCAGACCUUCCCUGCCAGUAAAAUGGCCAAGUUGGAGGAACUGGAGGAGGUGGACCUGAGUGGGAACAGGCUGAAGACAGUGCCCACGACCAUCAUGAACUGCAGACGCAUGCACACACUCAUCGCCCACUCCAACGCCAUCGAGGUCUUCCCCGAGGUCAUGCAGCUCAUGGAGAUGAAGUGUGUAGACCUGAGCUGUAAUGAGCUGAGUGACAUCGUCCUGCCGGAGAACCUUCCCCCUAAGCUCCAGGAGCUGGACCUGACUGGCAACGCCCGUCUCAACCUGGACCACAAAACCCUGGAACAGCUCAAUAACAUUCGCUGUUUCCGCAUCGACCCACCUCCAACCUUCUCAGCCAAUGAGGCUUCAGGUGGGCCGGCCGUGUGGAGUCAUGGUUACACAGAGGCCUCGGGCGUCAAGAACAAGCUCUGCGUCGCCGCCCUGUCGGUCAACAGCUUCUGUGGGAGCCGCGAGGCGCUGUACGGCGUGUUCGACGGCGACAGGAACGUGGAAGUGCCCUACCUACUGCAGUGCACCAUGAACGAUGUCCUGGCCGAGGAGCUGCACAAGACCAAGAGCGACGAAGAUUACAUGACCAACACCUUCCUCGUCAUGCAGAGGAAGUUGGGCACGGCGGGGCAGAAGCUGGGCGGCGCGGCGGCCCUCUGCCACAUCCGACACAACCCCACCGACCCGGCCAGCUGCUUCACCCUCACAGCCGCCAACGUGGGCAAGUGCCAGGCCAUCCUGUGCCGGGACGGCAAGCCUCUGGCCCUCUCGCUGCUCCACAACGUAGGCCUGGAGGAAGAGUACCGACGCAUAAGACAGCACAAGGCCAUAAUCACUGAGGACAACAAGGUCAACGGGGUCACUGACUCCACCCGCAUCAUGGGCUACUCCUUCCUGUACCCGGCGGUGAUCCCUCAGCCCUACGUCUGCACCGUCACCCUGACUCCCCAGGACGAGUUCUUCAUUCUGGGCAGCCGGGGCCUGUGGGACGUGGUGUCGCCGUCGGAGGCCGUGGAGGCGGUCCGGAACGUCCCCGACGGCCUGGCCGCGGCUAAGAAGCUGUGCACGCUGGCCCAGGGUUACGGCUGCACCGAAAGCCUCUGCGCCGUGGUGGUUCAGCUGUCUGUCACCGAGGACUGCUGCUCCUGCUGCUGUAUCGACCCUCCCCAGCCUCCGCCCAGCCCCGGCCUGGGCGUCUACCCCUCCUCCGGGGGAUCCUCCGUGAAGGAGCGUCCCGUGGGGGACGGCACCCUCCCCGUGCCCCCGUCCUCCUGCAGCGAGAUCAGCAGUGAGAUCAGCACCAGCGAGAUGAGCAGCGAGGUGGGGUCCACGGCCUCAUCCGAUGAGCCGCCCCUGGUGCUGCUGCACGAGCAGCCCCACCACCACCAGCUCCACCUGCACCACCAGGCCCACCAGCUCUCCCUCCAGGCCCAGCACGCCGCCCAGUUCUGUCCCUACCCUCACCCAGGCUUAGAGGUGCCUGCCCGGGGCUGCUGCGCCCUCCACCCCGCCUGUGUGACCGGGUCCUUCCAGAGGCAGCUGUCCAGCGCCACCUUUUCCAGCGCUCUGUCUGACAACGGGCUGGACAGCGAGGACGAGGAGCCCAUCGCCGGGGUCUUCUCCAACGGGAGCCGGGUGGAGGUGGAGGCCGACAUCCACUGCCUCAGGGGCGAGGCCUCGUCGUCCUCGUCACCGCCGUCAUCUUCGGGCCAGGAGCACCUGCUCGCCCCUUCUCCGCCACGCACGCCGGAACCCCCGGGGGAAGGGGCGGAGCCGAUCCUGGGGGAGGACAGCGAGGAGGGCUGGUCACGGGGCUGCGGCAGGCAGGGCGAUGAAGGGAUCCCCCUGGGGAAGAGGAGAGGCAACGGCUCCGUGGCCCUCCAGGAGAAGAGCCACAACCUGAUAGAGGUGGCGGCAGACGCCCCGUCCAAGAAGGGCGGAGGUUACUUCACAGCCCCCGCCCAGCCCGACCCGGACGACCAGUUCAUCAUCCCUCCGGAGCUGGAAGAGGAGGUCAAAGAGAUCAUGAAGCAGCAUCAGCAGAAACAGCAGAAACCCCCUGGUUCCUCAGAUCAGCCUGCAGACUACUACGACACGCCCCUCUGAACGACACGCCCCUCUGAACAGCCACACACAUGUAGUCUACAGCUCACCAUCACCACCGGGAGUCAGUCCCGCUGCUGGGAAUAAGCACUGCAGCUUUCAAAGGCACUUUGUGAAGCCUACACACACAAGUGUGUACCGUGAAUGGGAUCUCUGGGAACGCGGAAACAUUGCCUUUUAAAGUCUACACUGCCGUGGCAAAACAUCCCAAACACCUGGCCCCACCUACAACCCUUGAUCAGACGAAAUCCCGGCCUGUGGUUCUGCAGACACUGGGACACGAACCCCAGUCAGUAACACGUCUGCGGACUAUCCCAUGAACCCAUGUACAGUACCAGAAAAGCAGCACCUUGUCGGGCAGUCAACAGACUACAAGCACUCAAUCCCUCCCUGCAACCACAUCACUGGAGUACCAUGCACUGUAACCUGCUCCACCCCUUUUCCCAAAGUGGCCUAUAGGAUAGGACAUGCAAAUGAGCCCUUUAAGAUUACACAACCCUAUUGGGUAUUCUGCUUAUGGACCGACACACCUUUUAUGGUCCUGAGUAGUUUUAUUACUACUCACAGACUGUACAGAUCGUUGUUGUUUUUUUAAAGUUAGACAACAAAACUAUGUAAUCAACACUAGUCUCUCUGCAAUAGGAUUAGUCUACCACAUUACACGGUUUAUAUGGAUCAAAUGAUUCCAUUGUUUCUUUUUUUUUUUUACUUACCAUAUCUUUUAAUGUGAAGCAAUUGAAGUUGAUGAGAAUAACUUUUUAAAAAUGAAACACAGAGACACAAUCUUUUUAUUAUCGUUUAAAUAUGUUUGAAUGGUACCCACCAAUAAUACCACGCUUAACUGUUGUAGAUAGGGCACUUCAUGAUACUGCCUUUCUGCAGUCAAUCAUGGCUCCUGGCCUGUAAAAAGGCUGAGCAUUUUUAUGUAGACAUUUGAAAGACUAACUCCUAGGAGUUGUAUACUCUUUAUGGUGACCUAGUCACUUCUACUAAUCUUCUCUGAGAGAAACUGUGAUUUUCGUUUUCAAAUUAUUGUAAAUAAAAGAAAUGUUGUAUACUGAUGCUUUUAAAGGAACUCUGUGCCCGCAUGUCGGUUGAUGGAUUUUGUGGUGUGGAGGGGGUGCUGAUCAGUUUUGCAAUUGUGGAGAUCUCUUCUUCCGUUCUCUUUUAGACACUCACAGUCAGACACCUGAUUUAUAUCAUGGAUAUUCACCACGGAUCAUCUUCUGAUUUGGAUUAGUGAACCCUCCCUGUAGCGCAGGGGCAGGCAACUAGAUUCAGCCACGGGACAGUUGUUGCCAUAUCGUAAUUAUAAGAUGUUUUAUUUUUAUUUUUUUAUUGUACACUGCAAGUUGACUUAUCCCUGUUAGAUAACAGUUGAAAAGAAAGAUAAAUCCGUACGUUGAUUCAAUUCAAUACGAUCACAGUGUCUCCUAUUUUUAUGAUUAAAAAUAAAUGGUUACCCAAGUUCCUGGACAUUUUCCAAAUCACCUCCCAAUAAAGUGAGUGUCCCGUGGGUCACGUGUUGCCCACCCCUGCUAGUGUGAUUCCAACACACACACUACAGCACCUCUACAGGUCACACCGUAUUCUGUCCCACCUCCCUCCUGACAGUUGUCACGGGCAUGACUGGUCCAGUUCAGUAACGCAAACAAAUAUAUAUCCACAUGGAAACUAAACCACACCAACGGCCCUGUCUUUGCUAUAAUAAAUCUUACAUUUGUGAAUAUAA